GGAUUGUGAUCUCUGAGAUGAUGCAAAAAAGUUCCUCUAUAGGCAAAAGGGGCACUACAGAAGUUGCCAAAAAGAUGGUGGCUAAAUAUCCCAAGUCUCUACAGGAUGUAAUAGAGGGAGAUGUGAUUGGACCAGGUUAUCACUCACUAGUGAAGCAGUUACAGAACAGACUGGAGAAUGUGAAACGAUCUACAACUCCUAAAAUAAGAAAACAAAAGCAUCGUUCUGAUGACUCUGACACAGAUGAGAUUCCUCCAGAACAGAAGGCUGCAGUUCAGGAC